AUGCCAGUCUCGAUGCCUCAAUUCCGAUUCCCCUUCUCUAAGAAGGCCCAACCUGCCGCUGUUCCAACCGCCCCAAUUGUCGAGGAACCAACUCCUGCUCCUGCUGUGGCCGCCGCUGUCGACAAUACGGCUCCUACUACCCCAUCGGUUGAUGAUUCCACUCCUCGCUCUCACCGACGAGAGAAGAGUACGGGUUCCCUUUCCAUCAUGACUCGUCGCAGUCGUGAAGAGGAUACCAAUACAUACAAAUUGAGCACCGUCAACGACAGUGGUAUCUAUCUUCCUCCCUCGCCGGUUGACAAGAAAGCCUUCUGGGGGAAAAAAGAGACUCCCAACGGAAGUCCAGCCGAGGCUCCCGAUACUCAAGAUAUCGGAUUCGCUAUCACCCGAGAAUCCUUUGAUAGCUAUCGAAGAUCAUUUGAUAUCUCUGCGAGAACACAGGUCUCGGACUCUCGACGACCUAGUAUGCAAUCAAGCCGAUCCAGCCUUGAUGCUUUAGGAUGGGGAAGGCCGAGUUUCGAGGCACCAAACCGACUCCCAUCUAUUGAUGUCUCUGAAUCCGCCUCCGAAGAAGAUGAAGGCGAAUUUCGUGAUGUUGAUUUGAAUGACCAACCAAAGAAAAGAGGCUUCUUGGGACGAUUCGUCCCUGGCCAAAGCGCCCAACCAGUUCAACCAAUCCGACCCUUCCACACGAGUACUCCUCGAGUGGUACAAGCUAGGGAAGAAGAUAUCAAAGGACGGGGUCGACCUUCCACCGCAGUCUGGAGACGCGAACACAACAAGGACGCUGAAGAACUCAGUGCCAUGGUUAAAGGCAGCAACCACCUAAUCAGUGUUUAA